UGUAAUCGUCUCCGCUGUGCUUUCCAGGGCCCUUCGAACAUGUCAGCACUAAGUUGUUACUACCACUGUGCAGGAUUGCAUAGAAUGGGUGCCUAUGUGGAUUCACGUCUGAACUGAAAGAUCCCGGGAGCAAAGAUCAAGCAUUUGCAGAAUUGCUUCUUUGUCGCCGCCAUCUUGGAAAUGGAACCGAGCGAUGACCCGCUGCCGCCGCCAAGCGGGCUUGGCGGUCCUUACGACACUGCAGAUGUCCCUUUCUACGUCUCAUAGUCAGUCAAGUAGUGGGCUGAUCCGUCCCUGACUCUUGAUCGAUCACAUCAUGGCUGAAGUCCUGCAGCUCCCUGGCCAGCGGCGUUGAACCAAAAAUCCUUCCACCUUCCAUCCAUGAAGAUGCACGAUAUGGCAGACGAGCCGAUUUCAGAGCCACUACAGGAGAAGGCUGUUGACAUUGGAGUCGCAGAGUCCAAAGAGGUCAAUAAUGACAGCAGCGGCAGACCAUCGUCACCAUCAAGGUCUCCUGAUCCGCAUGGUCGAGCCUCACCUGAGUCAGCCUAUCAGUCUGGACCACGGCUUUGGCUGACACUAUCCGCCCUCAGCUUCGUCAUCAUUCUUGGUGGUUUAGAUUUUUCUAUCGUGGGCGUCGCCGUUCCGGCCAUCACGGAAGAGUUUCAUACCAUCGCCGACGUCGGAUGGUACAGUGUCUCCUACCGACUCACGGCAUGCGUGUGCCAGUUUGCAUGGGGUCAGCUGUACACUAUCUUCUCUGUGCGUCGGGUGUUGGCAGUCGCCAUCAUUGUAUUUCUCAUCGGCUCGGCUGUUGCUGCGGCUGCGACUUCCUCCGUGAUGUUCGUUGUCGGUCGCGCCAUUUCCGGUGUGGGAUCGGCAGGUGUGCUCGGCGGCACUUUCACCGCGAUCAUGGUCGUUGCGCCCUUGCGUAUCCGCCCUGUACUUACCAGCCUGCUGAGUGCCCUAGAGGCUGUCGCCAUGGUCACGGGGCCGAUCAUUGGUGGUGUCCUGACACAACAUACCACGUGGCGGUGGUGCUUCUACCUCAACCUGCCCGUGGGCGGGGCGGCGCUCGUGUUCCUGGUCUUGUUUCUGACCGAUGCGCCUCCACCAGGCGCUGAGCAGAGGACUUUGAAUUGGAAGCAGAUCUUAGUCAAAAUGGACAUUGUGUCUAAUAUCUUUCUCACAGGCUCACUCACCUGCCUUUUCAUGGUUCUGUCUUGGGCGGGUAUCAAUUAUGAAUGGUCUAGUGCCACGAUCAUCGGGUUGCUGGUGACAUUUGCUGUGGGCUUCUUCAUAUUUGUCUUCGUUGAAUACAGGAGAGGCAACGAGGGAACACUGCCCGCUCGAAUCGUCAAACAACGGAGCGUUGCGGCCGGUGCUUGGUUUAGCUGUUGCCUCAAUGGAGCUCUCGGCGUACUUGAGUACUACAUCCCCAUCUAUUUCCAGGUUGUGCUGGGCUGGUCGCCGGCCAAGGCAGGAUAUAUGAUGCUACCUGUGACGGUUGGUUUCAACAUUGGUCUUUUGAUCCAGGGCUUUGGAACCACUUGGCUGGGCUACUACAACCCCUUUAUGAUUAUGUCUUCUGUUAUAUUACCAAUAGGAGCGGGACUUGUUACUACAUGGACCAAAUCGAGCAGCCUGGCGCCAUUCAUCGUGUUCUCCGGCAUGAUCGGGCUAGGUAGUGGUCUGGGUUUCGAAGUACCACAAAUCGCGGUUCAGACGGUCCUUCCUGAAGACGAUGGCGCUCUUGGAUUAUCUGUGACUCUGUUUGCACAAAACUUUGGAGGCGCCCUAUUCAUAUCUAUUGCCCAGCAGGUUUUUACGGCAAAGCUGUUGGACAAUCUGCGCGAUAAGUUACCUGACUUGACGGCGACCGCCAUCCAAAACCUAAGCUUCAUCGACCUCCCCGGAAGCUCAUUGACCUCUGGCUCACAGGAUAUCAUAGCGGGGUCAUUCAAACAGAUCUGGUACGUUGCUGUCGUACUGGCCUGCCUUAUGGCUAUCGGCAGUGUGGCGACUCAGUGGCGAUCAGUCAAAGGUGACCCAGAAGCCGAUACUCCGUAACUUGCCGUUGGCGGUGUCUAUGGUUCUUCGCUUCGCUCUACAGAUUCAAAUACACGAUACAACGUCUGAACCAUUUCCAUAUCAAAUUUCACGUUAUGAUGUAGCCUUUUCACGAAUACCAUUGAGCCCCUGCACCGAUUCGUGUGAGCUGCGUGAACUUCAAGUACGUUAUCAUUUGUUGUUGCAGUAGAGUUAUUAUCGUGACUUUAUUUGCAUGAGGACCAGCGAAAACAUACUAUACCCACACAAGUCACCGGUAUGUUGGC